AUGGAAUUCUUUUCAUCGGGAUCUAUCCUCAAACAAAUCAACCAUACGGUCAUUGCUUUGGUGCCAAAGUCAAGUCAAGCACCUAGUGUUGGGGAUUAUAUGCCGAUAUCUUGUUGUAAUGUUAUCUAUAAAGUGAUUACUAAAAUCCUUGCUUCUAGAUUGAGGCCUAUCUUAGGGGACAUUGUGGAUCAAGCACGAGUCGCUUUUAUUGAAGGUAGGAGUAUGACGAAAAAUAUUCAUCUUUCCCAAGAACUUAUGAGACAGUAUAAUAGAAAGAGGGUUACUCCAAGAUGCCUCCUAAAAAUUGAUAUUAGGAAAGCCUAUGAUUCGUUAAGUUUGGAUUUUCUUAAAGGUGUACUUGAAGGGUUGUACUUUCCUUCGAGAUUUAUACAAUGUGAUGCAAACUCGGUUAGCAAGGUUGCUAGCGAACCCACGGGAAUUGACAAUGGAUCUCAAGAACGCCCAAAUAAUGAUCAAGGUUUAGGAAUCGACCCGCAAAAGUGA